UUAUUCGUGGAGGCGCCUCGCGGGGUCAACGCGUACCUUGGAGACUCGCGUUACGCGCAGGAAAACCUGGACGUGACGAGCUCGAGCGCGGAUUUGGGUUCCAGGCUGCGACAUCUUCGACGGAUACACGCGGGUUUGGUCAGUGAGCGUCCGUACGAGUACUCGCACUGCGUGUCGUGGGCGGCGGCUCGGUUCCGCGAGUACUUUGCGUUACUCCCGAAUACGAUGUUGAAGAACUUUCCGCCGGGGCAGAGGACGAGGGACGGAUCGCCGUUCUGGAGCGGCACCAAGAGGGUUCCGGCGCCGAUCGCGUUCGACCCUAACACGCCCUCGCACGUC